GGUACCAACCACUAGUUAAUACAAGAGGCAGCUGUGACGGUUAAUUCCGGUUUAGCCGUUAGCAUAGUUAGCUUAGUUGUGUCAAUCGCUGUGGUGGGAUCCAGUCUGAGUCUGCGCAGCAACAAUGUGUUCAGUUCAGCCUCUGAGAGAGUUUAUCAGACAGAGACUAACUGCUGCUGCUGAAGAAAUCUUCUCAGAGGUGGAAAAAACCAUCAUCCAGUACGAGGAGGAGAUCGACCGUCAGAGACUGCUGGACAUCAGCUGGAGACCCCGAAUCGAACAGAACCAAGCAGGCCUUGGACAUCACUUCUAUGGGGAGGACCUUCCUACUGACCAUGAGAGGAGCUUCAGUCCAGACCAGGAGACACCAGAAACUACACAGGGGACGAGAGAGCUGGAGGCAGUCGGCACCAAUGAGGAUAAGGAGCUUGUCCUGAAGCAGGAGACUGAUGCCAUUAUGGUGACUGUUGAUUAUGACGAAAGAGAACAGAGCAAACCAGAACCAAGCAGCCACUGGCUCCUCUCCCAGAGCCAUACUGAAAACAAAGAGGGAAGACUUAACAACGUUUUGAAUCCAAAGAAAACAGCAGAGGAGACUAGAAAUCGAAGUGACAGAUCAGACCUUCUGUAUCCGUGUCCCAUUUGUGGAAAAUGUUUUGCAAAGAGCAAUUACUUAACCAAACACAAGAGGAUUCACACCAGCGAGAAACGAUUUGUCUGUGAUCAGUGCGGGAAAGCUUUCAGCAACACCAGUUAUUUAGCUAAUCACAAGAAAACCCACAGCGGCAUGAAGCCUUUUGCCUGCCUCAUCUGUGGGAGAGUGUUCACUCAGCAAAUCCACAUGACUGACCACAUGAGGAUCCACACAGGGGAGAAACCCUUCCCCUGCUCCACAUGUGGGAAAUACUUCAGGCAAAAAAGCAGCUUAAAUAAACACAUGAAAACUCAGCAUAAGAAACUGCAGCCAUAAUCUCGAUUAGAAGCAGCUCAAUACAGCCUGUACCUGAAUCCCAAGCCGUGUUUCAGACUCAGAAACAAUUAGCUCUUCCCAGUUCCAAGCUACAGGGAGGACUCUUAAAGUUUUCUGGAGUCGGAAGGAGCAUCAAGAACAGAUAAAGUGGAACAAAGAAAGGUUCCUGUUUUUUCCCUGACUCUAACUUUCACAACAGAAUUGGUUCUGCUCCAAAAACAUUCCCUGCUUCAGUGGGAGAACCAGCUACGCCGGCACAGAGAAAGUCUGCAGUGUUGGAUCCCAGAUAUCUCCAUUGCUGUUGACCCAUUCCAGGGAGUAAAAUAUGGCUGAAGCUGUUUUUAAAUGCAAGCCCAAUGUUGUGAUGAAGCAUUGUUGGUUCAGAAAAUCCAGCUUUGAUUUGUUAUAAUUACUGAAAUAUAAAUUUCAAUAGUAUAAAUAUCUCUGAAGAACAUUGAAAAGACUAAUUAAUAAAGAAAUAUGUUUUUAGUAAAGGUGCCAGCAGCUGCACUGCAAUGUUGUAUAUCUAUGUAUAUAUAAAAAAGACCUAAAUGAAAAUGUAUACUUUACCAGUUCAGAAACAGAAUAAUCUGAUAUGAAGGAUGCAUUCAGGGAGCAGCAGAUCCUUUCAAUAAUGUAUCCAUGUGUUUUUUAUUGAAUCUUUAUGUAAAUCGGAGGAUCCUACUUCCUGGAAGAAUUUUUAAAAUAAAAUUUUCUUUAAUUGA